AUGCUAAGUGCUGACAGUGUGAAAGUGGCAGUCCGUGUUCGACCCUUUAAUCAGAUGGAGAAAGAUGCAGGAAGCCGUUGCAUUAUUUCCAUGGUUUUAAACAGCAUCACAGUUUGUGAUCCCAGAAAUCGGAACAACACAAAAACCUUUUUAUUUGACCUGUCCUACUGGUCACACAGUGGAUUUAUUAAAAACAAGGAAGGAAUUCUUACUUCAGAUGGAUCUACGAGCAAAUAUGCAGACCAGAGAAGAGUGUUUGAUGAUCUUGGCCAAGAAAUGCUGAAUAACGCAUCGAAGGGAUACAACGCCGCUCUAUUAGCCUAUGGUCAGAUGGGCUCAGGAAAGAGCUACACUAUGAUUGGUUAUGGUCCAAAUAAAGGGAUAAUCCCAUUGACUUGUGACGAGUUGUUCAAAACAAUUAAUCAAAAUCAAGAACUUAAUAAACAGUACCAGAUUUAUUUCAGCUUGUUGGAAAUCUACAAUGAAAGGCUCAGAGACUUGUUAGCCAAGAGCAAACAGCCUGGAGGUCUAAAAGUGCGAGAAGAAGCCCCUGUGGGGGGCUAUGUGGAAGAUCAAAUGUUGGUGCCUUGUGAAAGCUAUGAGCAGGUCCAACAGUUGCUGAAGGAAGGCAAUACAAAGAGAAUCACAGGGUCCACCAACAUCAACACGAUCAGCAGUCGUUCACACAUGAUCAUCACCAUUCGAUUCAAACAGGUAUUUUUAAAAGACCACCUCACAAAACAGUCUGACAUCAAUGUGGUAGAUUCGGCUGGCAGCGAGAGGCAGAGGUCUUCUGGUUCUGAGGGAGACCGGCUGAGAGAGGGAACUGCUAUCAAUCUCAGCUUAACGACAUUGGGCAAUGUCAUCAGGUGGUUACGAAGUUCAUUGGCUGAGAACGAACGGCAGAUGGCAGAGAUUCGGACCUCUUGGGAGCAGCGACUCGAGAGAGCACAGGAAGAAUGGGAACAGAAAUACAAAACUCUAAAACAGGAACAACAUAUGAUUCAGAUGUUCCCCUAUCUGGUGAAUGUCAAUGUGGACCCUCAGCUCUCUGGCUUUGUCAAGCUCUUCAUCCAAGAUGGAGAGACUGUCAUGGGACAAUCUACAAGUUUCUCACAGGCGAUUGUUAUUAAAGGUUUCGGUGUUGCUGAUAAACAUGCCAUCGUCACAAAUCUCGACAAUAAAGUAACCCUGGAGCCUUGUGGACAAGCUAAAGUGACUUUAAAUGGGGUCCUUGUCUUUGCUAAAGUUCAACUUAAACAUUUGGAUAGACUUAUUCUGGUCAACAGCACGUACCUCUACGUAGGAUUUCCUUGCGAGCGGAACGGUGAGGACUUGAGCAAAUAUGACUACGACUUCUUCCAGUCAGAGCUGGCAGCAGUGGAAGGUUUUGACAGAGAUGCUCUUGGUAAGCAGGUAAAGCCAGGACUACAGAACAAGAAAGUGGACCCGAGUGUGCUUGCUGUGUUCCUUGAUUACAUCAGGGUGAAGCCUCUGGCGGUGGAAGCAAACCAGAUCAGCAAGGAGUUAAAUAAGGAUCUCAAGUUUGAAUUGGAAGUGAAGAACUUGGCAUUAACAGACUCCAGGGGCCAUGACCUUGUGAAGGAGGUGAUAGUGAAGGUGACAAAUAAAGUGACUCAUCAGGUAUGGGUCUGGUCAAAGGCUAAGUUUGUGAAUAGAAAGUUCAUCAUGGAAGACAUAUAUCAGCGUUUCAUCGAUGGACAGACCGUUUCUCUGGAUAGAGAGAGUGAUCCAUUCUGGGACCCUAUUGAGGCAGUCCAUUUAGGAACUGCAUACAUCUGGCUUCAAUCUCUCAACUACUGUAUUCCACUAGAAGAACAUGUAGAGUUUCACAAUUCACAAGGUGAAGAAGAGGCUGUUUUACAGAUGAAUCUGGUGCCAUGCACUCCAUCUGGACAACCUCUGAGUGAAGAUGAGAUCCUCAUCGAUCCCACAGAAAUGGUGGGUCAGAGGUUGGAUCUUCAGGUUCAGAUUAAGCAGUGCUUGGGAAUCAAGUGGCUGAAACAGAACAGCAAGAGAGGAAUUCAGAUUCAGUAUAAUGUCUUUAACCAUCCAUACCCUUUCUGCACCAAACCUACCUGGAACACUGUCAAUGCAAGAAUUGAUCAAGUAACGCAAUUCACUGUCAAAAGUGUGUCACAGGAACUACUGAACUAUCUACAAAGCCAUGCUCUGGUCCUGGAUCUGUGGGGCCUACAAGAGGGUUGCACAGAAAUCAGUUCCUCUUUAGGUGACAUUGAACUCACUGAUGAAGGCAGCAUAAUUAUUCUGAAUAAUGUGGAAAUGGACGAUGACCAGCUCUCUGAACUUUACAUCAAGCUAUCAAAGCUGGAACAAGAGAUUGAACUUCUGAGAGAUGUCAACAGAAUCUUAAGAAAAGACAAUGUUUCCAUGAAGAGCACCUUAAGGAAAAUGAUGAGUGAUGGUGUGCAGAACCAGCAGAGUGUAUCGUGA